AUGGCCCCUUCCAAAGUCACAAUCUUGGCGGCAGCCGUCGUUCGGCCCAUCCGCGUCGCUGCUUGCUUGCUUGCUUGCUUGGUUGGCACCGUCACAACCUCCGACGAUGGCUCGGGUGCGAGAGACACGGCAGGAUCCGAGGAUCAGCUGCAGGAGCGGCAAGGCGGCAAAAUCGUAGCCUUCCGCGGAUGCGCAAGUGCAGGAUUACAGUAUAUUUCGCCGGCGAAAGCCGGCCAGCCAGCAGAAGCGCCUCUGCCAAGCCUGUGGGCGCUGCGGUUUGCUGCAGGUUGCCACCUGCAAUCGUUGCACCUCGCAUUCCACCUCGCAUCCCGCAUCUCGCUUCGCCGCUCUCUGCCUCGUCGUCUCUCUGCCUCAGCUUCGCCGCCUCGGUUUAGCAGUGCAUGUCUCAGCGCUUCUAGCCUGGGACCGUUCAUCUGGGUUUCGGAAGCGAUUCUCGUCGUCACGGCAGCAGCCCCGACAGCGGCCCCGACAGCAGCACCCUAUCUGCACGCUACGCUGCGGUACAGCACGCUCCCCUUCCGCAUUCCUGCAGGCAGGCUUGGCUUCGACUCGGCUGUCUCUGCUUCGACACUGGUCGCGACCUCGCAACCUCCUUGCCUCGGUCGUCGCUCUUGCCGACGCGACAAACGCACCACCGAGUCGCUCCCCAUCCUCCAAGCUGCCACACCGCCGAGCAUGGGCUUCGAGAUCAGUCUAGCUUCGCUCGUCGAUCAACACGCCUCAGACUAUGCCGAUCUGUACCUCAACUCGAGUGGUGCCUCGUCGCCCUUGGCUCAGACCUACUUGAACAGCAGCCAGUUCGCCCUUCCCGUCAACCUCUCCGCGGUGCCCCAGAUCUUCGUGGUCAACCCUUCGACCGACAACAUCUUUCGUCAUGUCAACCCGCAGAGCGCACACGCCGCCAUCGUCGCGCUCAUCUACUUCUCCAUGUGGAUGGGCGCCCUCGGCUGGGACAUUGUCUCCACCAUCCACUUUGACCUCCGCCUCGUCAAGGAGACAUUGUGGUCCAGCAGCUUCUCCGCCCUCUACUCGGUCGCCUACCUUCUUUCGCGGUACAUGAGUCUCGCAUGGCUCAUCACCGUCGUCACCAACAGCGUCAUCAUGACCAACCGAUGCGACGCAUGGAUGAAGGGCAGCACCGCCAUGUUCAGCGUCGCCAUCAGCGCAACCAUGCUCGUCUUUUGCCUCCGCACCUGCUCCAUCUGGCACAUGAAGCAGAAGGUCGUCUCGCUCGUCGUCUCCGCCUGGCUCAUCGUCGUCUCGUUUGCCAUCCUCCUCCCCGUCAUGAGCAACGGCAACCAGCUGCCCACCUCCAACUUUUGCUCGUGGCACUUCAACGGCCUCUACGUCGUCGGCCUGUUUGGCGCCUUGCUGCUCUUCGACCUGCUCUGCCUCGUGCUCACCGUCUGCAAGCUCAACAAGGCCGGUUGGCGCGGCCUCGUCCACGGCAUCUUUCCCUCCAGCCGCUACAACUUGGACGCCGAAGACGUCAAGACCAUGCUCGUCCAAAAGACCACCGCCUUCUUCGCCAUUCAGUUCCUCUUCCUCAUCUCGGCCCUGCUCGUCUAUGUUCUCACCGACACCUAUUCCUACCGCAUGAUGAACAUCGUCGCCAGCGUCGCCGUGGCUAGCUCCAUGGCCGGGCGCAUCUUCAGGCGCGCAUGGCGCCAGACGCGAGAGCUCGCACCGCACAACCUCAACCGGCCGCCAUCCUACUUUCCCGCCUGGGCUGAAGAGCACCGCGACACCACCGGCUUCGCCCGCCCCGAACGACGAUCUAGCUCCAACCCGGGACUCGAUCCACGUGCCGAAGCCACCGAGGCGGACGCACGCAACAAGCGCGACCAUGACAAGCACGACUCGCUCGCCUUCUACGUCGAGGGCGAGUACAGGCCCAAACUCAAGUCGCGCUCCAUGUCGAGUCAGUCGUUGCGCUCCGUGCCACGCACGCCCUUGUCCGGCGCCAACACACAGCAGCAGCAGAUGCGAGAGAUGGAGACGGGCCAGGUGGGCGCCGACCCGCACGCUGAUCACGCCGGCGUCACCAUCAUUUCGCGCAACACGCUCGUGCCGCCCGCUGCGACCAUUCCGCAGAACGGUCCGGCUCCCGCCUACUCGCGCCGUCUCGGCUCGGCGGGCUCUUCGCAGCCCAACACGGGCGAUCAAAGGUCGUUGGGAUCCAGCCCGAGCCGCGAGAUGGCGGCGCUCCCGCGCGGCGCCAUCAGCGGCUCGCUCGUAUCGAUCUCUAGCCAUCGCGACGAUGCUGGCUCGAGCACCGCUCAGGGCGCCGAUCGACCGGGUCGAGCGAGCCACGAGGCGUGGCCCGACCUCGUCGGCGGCUUGGUGCGCGAGGACAAGACCAUCGCCCGCCAGAAGAGCAGCUCGGCGAUCGAGGAGCGACGCCGCACAUUUGUGGCCUCGCCGCCCAUGACGGCGCGCGUGGCGCUCAACAGCAAGGAGGUGUACGACGUCGACAGCGUCAAGGCUGCGGCGAGGUUCGGUGGGAGGCAUGGGCAGCAGCACGAGUCAUUCACACGGCCUGCCACCGCAUCCUCGGCGAUCCGAUCCGCGGGGCCGGACGCGGCAUCCUCUGGGUCGUUGCCAGCGCAGCGAAGCGGAAUGCGCAGUGAGGAAGGACGACCCAUGGACGACGACGUCCUGGGCAGCGGGAUGCAGCAUACCGGAGGGACGCGACUGGCGUUCCUACGGACCGAGCCAAGGACACAGGAGGAACGCACGCCGCGACCCAAGACGGCGCCGAACGCUUCGUCGCCUUCGCUCUCGCCGUCGGGAUCGAUCACGUCGCAGAUGACGGUGAUGCCGCGCGACUUUGGGCUGGACAGCGGCGACACGGAGCCGCGGCGGACGCAGACCGCGCCGACCUCGGAGGACGACGUGCUGUUCGCGUUUCUAAACACCGUCGAGGAGGAUGCGCAGGACCGAGCUGCAUCGUCGCGCGGCGGCGAGGCCAACGCCGACGGUAGCCCGUCCAGCCUCGUCGAGGACGGCCGGCCGCGUACGGCGCGCGGCAACACGGCGUCGAGCCGGCACAGCAGCGACGCGGAUGGCGGCUCGAGCGAUCUGAGCACGGUGCUCGGGCACGAGAGCAGCGCGCGGGCGUCGUUGCAGCGCACGCAGGUGUCGAGCGAAAAGCCGCGUUCGGGCUCAGCAUCACGUCGACGGGUGGGAACGAGCGAGAGCAGCCGAAGCGAGCGCAGCGGUAGCGGCACGCGGCCAUCGACGGCGGUGGGCGAGGCGGUCAAGCCGUUUGGCUACGGCGUCUCUGCGCGCGGUCCGCGAACACGCCCGAUGCGCGCCUACGCGAGCGACGAAGAGGCGGACGAGGGCGAGCUGGGGUCGGUGAUCCAGCAGCAGUAUGCCAAGCUCGCUUUGCGCGCCGGGAUGCCUUUGGACCCGGCGUGA